UCCCGGAGGGGCGGGGGGUCCGCGGCACAGGCAGUCGGAGCGCGCGGCUGCAGCGGCGGAGCCGGAGCCGGAGCCGGAGCCGGGAGCCGGAGCCGGGAGCCGGAGCGGCGGCCGGAUCGUAGCCCGCGGGGCCCGCCGCAGCCAUGGGGAACCGCGGCAUGGAGGAUCUCAUCCCGCUGGUCAACCGGCUGCAAGACGCCUUCUCCGCUAUCGGCCAGAACGCGGACCUCGACCUGCCGCAGAUCGCCGUGGUGGGCGGCCAGAGCGCCGGCAAGAGCUCGGUGCUCGAGAAUUUCGUCGGCAGAGACUUCCUGCCCCGAGGGUCAGGCAUCGUCACCCGACGCCCCCUGGUCCUGCAGCUGGUCAAUGCCACCACAGAAUAUGCCGAAUUCUUGCACUGCAAGGGGAAGAAAUUCACCGACUUUGAGGAGGUGCGUCUGGAGAUCGAGGCUGAGACCGACCGAGUCACUGGCACUAACAAGGGCAUCUCGCCGGUGCCGAUCAACCUCCGCGUCUACUCGCCGCACGUGCUGAACCUGACACUGGUGGACCUGCCCGGAAUGACCAAGGUCCCGGUGGGGGACCAACCUCCUGACAUCGAGUUCCAGAUCCGGGACAUGCUUAUGCAGUUCGUCACCAAAGAGAACUGCCUCAUCCUGGCUGUAUCCCCGGCCAACUCCGACCUGGCCAACUCCGAUGCUCUGAAGGUUGCCAAGGAGGUGGACCCCCAGGGCCAGCGCACCAUCGGGGUCAUCACCAAGCUGGACCUAAUGGACGAGGGCACAGAUGCCCGUGAUGUGCUGGAGAACAAACUGCUCCCCCUGCGCAGAGGCUACAUUGGGGUGGUGAACCGGAGCCAGAAGGACAUUGAUGGCAAGAAGGACAUCACGGCGGCCUUGGCCGCUGAACGCAAGUUCUUCCUCUCCCAUCCGUCCUACCGCCACUUGGCUGACCGCAUGGGCACGCCCUACCUGCAGAAGGUCCUCAACCAGCAACUGACCAACCACAUCCGGGACACCCUGCCGGGGCUUCGGAACAAGCUGCAGAGCCAGCUCCUGUCCAUCGAGAAGGAGGUGGAGGAGUACAAGAACUUCCGGCCUGAUGACCCAGCUCGCAAGACCAAGGCUCUGCUGCAGAUGGUCCAGCAGUUUGCCGUGGACUUUGAGAAGCGCAUUGAGGGCUCAGGGGACCAGAUCGACACCUAUGAACUGUCAGGGGGAGCCCGCAUCAACCGGAUCUUCCAUGAGCGCUUCCCCUUUGAGCUAGUCAAGAUGGAGUUUGAUGAGAAGGAGCUCCGAAGAGAGAUCAGCUACGCCAUCAAGAAUAUCCAUGGCAUUAGGACGGGCCUCUUCACACCUGACCUCGCUUUUGAAGCCACAGUGAAAAAGCAGGUGCAGAAGCUCAAAGAGCCCAGUAUCAAGUGUGUGGAUAUGGUAGUCAGUGAGCUCACGGCCACCAUCAGAAAGUGUAGCGAAAAGCUCCAGCAGUACCCCCGCCUGCGGGAGGAGAUGGAGCGCAUCGUGACCACCCACAUCCGGGAGCGCGAGGGUCGCACCAAGGAGCAGGUCAUGCUUCUCAUCGAUAUUGAGUUGGCUUACAUGAAUACCAAUCAUGAGGACUUCAUAGGCUUUGCCAAUGCUCAGCAGAGGAGCAACCAGAUGAACAAGAAGAAGGCUUCAGGGAACCAGGAUGAGAUUCUGGUCAUCCGGAAGGGCUGGCUGACCAUCAACAACAUUGGCAUCAUGAAGGGGGGCUCCAAGGAGUACUGGUUUGUGCUGACGGCCGAGAAUCUGUCCUGGUAUAAGGAUGACGAGGAGAAAGAGAAGAAAUACAUGCUUUCCGUGGACAACCUGAAGCUGCGGGAUGUGGAGAAAGGUUUCAUGUCGAGCAAGCACAUCUUUGCCCUCUUUAACACUGAGCAGAGGAAUGUCUACAAGGAUUAUCGGCAGCUGGAACUGGCCUGUGAGACACAGGAGGAGGUGGACAGCUGGAAGGCCUCCUUCCUGAGGGCUGGCGUGUAUCCGGAGCGCGUUGGGGACAAGGAGAAAGCCAGCGAGACUGAGGAGAAUGGUUCGGACAACUUCAUGCACUCCAUGGACCCACAGCUAGAGCGGCAGGUGGAGACCAUCCGGAACCUGGUGGACUCAUACAUGGCCAUCGUUAACAAGACCGUGAGGGACCUCAUGCCGAAGACCAUCAUGCAUCUCAUGAUCAACAAUACGAAGGAAUUCAUCUUCUCGGAGCUGCUGGCCAACCUGUACUCGUGCGGGGACCAGAACACACUGAUGGAGGAGUCGGCGGAGCAGGCGCAGCGGCGCGACGAGAUGCUGCGCAUGUACCACGCACUGAAGGAGGCGCUCAGCAUCAUCGGCGACAUCAACACGACCACUGUCAGCACGCCCAUGCCCCCGCCUGUGGACGACUCCUGGCUGCAGGUGCAGAGCGUACCGGCCGGACGCAGGUCACCCACGUCCAGCCCCACUCCGCAGCGCCGAGCCCCCGCCGUGCCCCCAGCCCGGCCCGGGUCGCGGGGCCCUGCUCCUGGGCCUCCGCCUGCUGGGUCCGCCCUGGGGGGGGCGCCCCCCGUGCCCUCCAGGCCGGGGGCUUCCCCUGACCCCUUCGGUCCUCCCCCCCAGGUGCCCUCGCGCCCCAACCGCGCCCCGCCCGGGGUCCCCAGAAUCACUAUCAGUGACCCCUGAGGAGCGUCAGCCACGCAGGAAGGGCCCAGCCUCACCUACGCGACCUGUGGUCCCCCGACCAGCUGAGGCUCCCCUCUUAGACUUAUAAGCCUGUGGCCAACUGGCAUCCGGCUGCCUGACCUCCCUGCCUCCCCAGGGUCCCUUCCGAGGACUCCGGGCUUUCUGCCCGCCCAGAGGGGUGUCCAGUGCCCCCUCCAGCCAUCCUUUUAGCUUCGCCCUCCUGGCUCAAACAGUGUUCUUUCUCCUGUCUCUCUCCAUGAGGACUGGUAGCUGUGGCCACGGGGCACGCGGCCCCACACUCCAAGGCUAGGGGUGGCCCUGGGCCAGUACGUUGAAAGACAAGGGGGCCACAAAAAGAGGGAAGGCAGAGGGGCCGAGCAUGUGUCUGGAGCUGUGGGUGCACUGCCUGGUGGUGUAUGAGAGACCAGCGUGCGUGGCAGGGGGCGGGGGUGGGGGGGUGGGGGGCUGCCUUGACCUCCACCCCAGACCCUGGGGAAGCUGUGGCCCCCAUUCAUCUCCAGUUCUCCCACCUUCCCUUUCUCAUCUCUCUCCUCCAUUCCAGAACCCUUGCCCACACCCGCAGCUUCCUUUUCUCCCCCUGCCCUCCCCUCCUGCCCCACCGGGCUUGGCAUUGCUUGCCUUACCAGUUCUCUCCCUCCUUCUCUCCGUUCUCUCUUUGCUUUCUCUCCAACUGCCAGCCGAUCGGGUCAGGCAAGUCCAUCCCGUCCUGAGAGCCCCAGGCCCCCCUUCGACCUCUAACCAGAUCCCUCUGUUCCUCGGAGACCUCCCUUUCCAAGCCUGCCUGGACGGCUGUUCUGUGACUUGACAGUGGCUCCCCAGCCCCAAAGCCUCCCCUUCAUCUGUGACUUAGUCUGUUGUAGUGGUGAGCUGACACAUCCAGGCGUGAUGUUGGUGAAAACUUGUGCCCCCUCUGUGGUAUUGCUCCUACCCCAUUCUAUAAAUAUCUAUAAAUAUUCAUAUAUAUAUACAUACACACACACACACACACACACACACACACGGCCGCCACAGCCUCGCCGCUAGUGUUGGGAAUCAAUCACCAUGCUGUCCCUGAGGAGUCUUGUGGCCCAACUACAAGGGAACACUGUCACCCUGACAUCCCCCUCUCCAGCGUGUGCCACCUCUGAUGAGCCUCCCGAUCAUGCCCAGCCCGUGGACAGCCACCUUUCCGUCCCUCCCCUAGUCGAGCACGGGGGUGCCAUACUGGCAGCUGUGUGGUUCCCUGACUACCACCAGUCUUGCUGUCUCUUGGCUGAGAAUAAAACCCAUUUCUGGACAAUGGGAAACUGUC